AACUCACUGUGCCCAAAUCCUUAGCGCAGAUACUUCGCUGACAGGCGUUACACCAUCAUCCGUGCUACAUGGAUACGUCGCAGCUUUGAAUACGGUUUUAUACGAACACCUUUUGGAUACGAGUCAAAUUUCAACCCAAGACGAGGUAGCAAUCGCAGCGCGUCUUUUUGACAGCCUUGCUCGGUUUAUAGAAGUGUUCUUUGCGCCUAUUUACUGUGAACUAGGAUGGUUUAAGAUGAUACACGCAAGGUGUACAUUUAGAUGUCCCCUGCAGCUACGGGCGGAUUUGAGGUCCCUCUGAUCUUUGGAGCAGCACCCUUCGCGGAGGACAGAGGUGCGCUCAGUGGAACAAGGGGCAAAUUGAAUCUUUCCGCGCGGCGCAAGACAACGCCGCAGACACACUACAGAGGACCGUGGAUCGAGGAGGCUCCGGGAGGCGGAAACUAAUUUGUAGGCUACACUUAUUCCGCUGGAUCAAUCUAUUUGAACAAGGAAGCACCUAAUGUUGCCUACAGAGGCAAACUUGUACUUCAUCUAUUUAUCAUCACACUGGGAUUCCAAAGCUCCUUCGGGAUUCUUUGUAUAAGAACACUGGCGGGGCUUUCUUCAGCGUUUUUAGGGCCUUCAAACUGUGGAAACAGGUGUAUUCGACCAAGUCAAGAUGUCCUUGCUACCUUCAAGUUUCAUCUACGUGUGUUUACAUUUUCUGGUCCUCUACUUCCAGCUGCAGGAAUCCCAGCAGAUAGCACCCAACUUCACGUUCAUCAUCGAAAACCAAACGCGACACCCAGACGUGCUGAGCCGCAAGCAGACGCGCAGCUACCAGCUGUACAGCCGCACGACGGGCAAGCACGUGCAGAUCCUGGGCAAUAAGAUCAAUGCCAACGGAGACGACGGGAGCAAGUACGCACUUCUGGUGGUGGAGACGGAGACGUUUGGGAGUCACGUUCGAAUACAGGGCAAGGAGAGCGGAUUCUACAUCUGCAUGAACAAGCAAGGAAAAAUUAUCGGAAAGCGCAAUGGGAGGAAUCAGGAGUGCGUGUUCGUGGAGGAGUUCUUGGAAAACAACUACACGGCGCUGGUCUCGGCCAAGUACAAAGGCUGGUACCUGGGCUUCAAUCGGAAGGGCCGGCCCAAAAAAGGCUCACGGACGGCGCAGACGCAACAGGAAGUGCAUUUCAUGAAGCGCUCGCGGCAGGGCAAAAUGGACCCUAUGGGCGGCGAGUUCCGUUUCACCACGGUAACCAAACGGACGCGAAGGGCGAGGCGCUUAAAACCGAACCCCAAGAAAAACUCACCCCAGUCAUAGUUCCCUUAACGCACUGUGUUUCCAAGGAAACUUUCUCUGGCCUUAAGAAAAAAAAACGACUUAAAGACUGUUGUCAUAAGGAAAAAAACAGAUGGACUAUGGGGGAGGGCUAAAAACAAUUUUAAAAAAAAUCAAAGAUGUUUUAUUUUUAUAUUUCAGGAGCAUUGAAUAUCUCCCAGUUGUUGAAUGUUUCUGGGUCCUUGUGUAAUUGUUAAUGUGACUUGCGUUGUUAUUUAUACUUGGUAAAAACUAAGGAGGACAAAACAAGACUCAUAAUCUCCUGCUUUAAGUUUACAGCAGAAGGCAUCUUUUGAAAAAAAACCUUUUGGGACGCAAAGAGUGUCAAGCAUCAGUGUGUCGACAUGCUUCAGAGAUCACAGCGUGAAGAGACAAAAACAGCCUGUUUAAUUUGUGCUUUCCGUGUCAACAAGGAUAAUAAUAUUUUCCACUGGAAACUGAACACCACAGAGAUGGAAUCCAAGCCAGAUUGGAGUAUCGUGUGACUCAUUGUCCUUUGAGUUGAGGCAUAACUUUGAGUGCAAUAUUUUGAAGGCCCCUCCACCUCUCCACCAAGACUCUCCCCACCUUUUCAUACCUCCAUCUUCAAUUCCCACUCCCCUCACCUCCCCAGCCCAGCCCAGCCCACUCCCAAUCCCAAUCUCCUGGUCUCCUUCCCUCUCUGUGGAUAUGUUCUUCUUCUUGGCAUGCUCUUCUUCGUGCAGACUCACGGUACAUUUUGCGGUGGAAUGUGCUGAACGCUCUGGGGACUCUUGAUUUAUCUCUUUGUUUUGAAAAACUAUGCGAGCGCAACACACACACGUGCAAACGCACGCACGCACGCACACACUGGCCAGCCUAUUGCCAGUCAGCUGUGACUGUCACCUUGCUUGUAGACACACACAAAAAGGGAAGGCUUGAGGUAGCGAAAGGAAAAAAAAAGAAAAGAAAAAAAUCAAUGACUGAAGAACUUCAUGUGUAGUUUUGAUUUAAUGAUCCUUUCUGACCCUGACCUGACAAGACUGGAAUUAUUAGGCAGACAAGGCAGAAAAGGUCUUACUCACUUACCUAUGGCCACCUAGAUAGACUGUUUAUCUCUCCCUUUCACAACAUUUCCAAUGCAUGGCAGUGCACUAUGCGGGCCACCCCCUAGCUGUCUUCCCCUACCAAAUUAUCAACAUUUCAACUCUAUUUCUUACCUUUGGAUAAACCCUUGAACCACCCAGCUACCCUUCCGUAGAUGGUUGGUCUACAUUCUUACAAAUGCUUCUCCUGGUGUGUCUUAAGUAAGUGAGCAAGUGAGACCUUUUUUGGGGCUAGUCAGGUCACUUGUCUGAUCACCCUGUGCCCUUUAAACUCAGUCGUUCUGAAAGAUGGUCAAGACAUUUCCUUAGCCCUCAAAGCCAGUAAGACUGACACCCUAAUCUACUGAGUUUUCAUUCAGUAGGCUUAAAGAGAACCAGAGCUGUACAGGCUCAAGAUUGCCAUCACUUAGACCAAGGGGCUUUCUCCCUUUGACAAGAGGAGCUGUAGUCUGUAUAUUUGUCUGCUGUCCUUUUUGGACAGGAUUUGUACAAGAAACUACUAACACAUGACACAUUUAUGAACUUAAAAUGUAUGCAAAA